AUGCGUGACAAGAACCCCGCCGUCGUGGAGAAGGCAUUUGAAUUAUUUGCCGUACUGGCCAACUGCUCACGCACCUUCAUACGCAGUCGGGCCUCCUCUGACCUCAUGAAUACCCUGGUAGUCUUCCUGGAACGCGGUGCCUCGGUUAGCCUUGGCGAGCCGGCUUCUUACGAGUUUCUGACGCCCUGCAGGGUCCAGCGGCGACUCCUGCGGACUCUUGGCCCGCUCUGUGUCCAGGCAGCUGCCCAGAGCUUGCUUCACUUGUACAGUUUGGAUCCCGGUCUCGUGGCCUUCGAGUAUGACUCCCAACAUCAGCGUGAGGCCUAA